CGCUCUGCUGGUUCAGUUCAGUUCCGUCCCGAUUGCGGAAAGUGAACACGCGCACACAGGCUGCAAGUUCUUGGCAAGUUAUUCUGAAGAAAAAAAAACAGUGCAAGUUAGUGCAACCUGUUUCUUCCGUGUGUUUGUGUGAGAGAGUUUUUCAUCUUAAACCGAGUGAUUGUGAAUUUCUCCCCGAUUCUGGAACGUGUAGAACGCACGCAAACCACCGUCAGCAAUGAAGGUUGCCGCGGUAGCUGGAUUGCUGCUGAUCAGCGUUGCUAGCAUUAACGCCGCUACCGAUCGUAUCGUGUGCUAUUUUGGUAGCUGGGCUACCUACCGCAUUGGCAAUGGCAAGUACGACGUGGAGAGCAUCAAUCCCAACCUCUGUACGCACAUCGUGUACACGUUCGUGGGCCUAGAUACGAAGGGCAAUGUGAAGAUACUGGACAGCUGGCUGGACAUCAGUCUCGGUGGCUAUUCGCGCUUCAUCCAGCUGAAGCAACGCAACCCGAACGUGAAGCUAAUGGUCGCAAUCGGAGGCUGGAACGAAGGAUCCGCCUCCUACUCGACGAUGGCCAACUCGGACCUGCUGCGUGCGGUGUUCGUCGAGUCGGCCGUUGCGUUCGUUAAGCGAUACGGAUUUGACGGGUUCGACGUGGACUGGGAGUAUCCGACACUGCGCGGCGGUUCGGUGGACGAUCGAGUUGGCUUUGUCAAGCUAUUGCGCGAUCUUCGCGCCCGGUUCGAUCAAGAAGGGCUGCUGCUGUCGAUUGCGACUGCGGCGACGGCGGACUAUCUGAGAUCGGCGUAUGACGUGCCGGAGAUUAACAAGUACGUACACUUUGUUAACUUGAUGGCAUACGAUUUGCACGCGUACUGGGACGCUCAGACCGGUGCGAAUGCACCGAUGUAUCCGAACUCUUGGGAGACGGGCUAUACCUCCAGUAUGUUGAAUGUGGACGCUUGCGUUAAGGCUUGGUUGGGUGCCGGUUUGGAUCCUUCGAAGCUUGUUCUUGGCGUGCCCGUCUAUGGACACACCUUCAAACUGUCCUCUACCUCGGACACUCGCAUCGGUGCACCAACUAUCGGUCCGGGAGAUGCCGGUCCGUACACACUGGAACCGGGCACCCUCUCCUAUCUGGAAAUCUGUGAAAAGCUAGCUGCUGGUGGGUACACGAAAGCGUUCAGCAGUGUUCAGCAGGUGCCGUACGCGUACAGUGGCAACCAGUGGAUAUCGUACGACGAUGUCAACUCGAUUGCGAUCAAGGUACAGUACGCGAAGCGUAUGAACCUGGGCGGCAUCAUGGUGUGGUCUAUUGAGUCUGAUGAUGCGCGAGGAAUCUGCGGUGAGGGACAGCAUCCAAUCACGUCGGCCGUGUACAGGGAAGUGUUUGGAACGGUAGCUCCAACACCGGGAACAACUACAACUACAGCGAAGACCACCACUACCACUACAAGCACGGCACGACCGAUCACGACCACAACAACGCAACGACCGUUAACCACGACCACCACUAUGUACAGGACCACCACCACUACUACGACUGCAAGGCCGACCCAAAAGCUGGUCUGUCCUGCAAGUGGUUUCCUGCGGGAUCCAAACAACUGCGCCCAAUUCUACCAGUGUUAUCCGGGACUACAAAUAACUGAUCAAUUUACCGUCCUCAUUUCAGAUAAGGUGUUCUGCUUCUUCGACAACAAGGCCACGUACCGCGUGGGCGAUGGUAAGGUGACGGUCGAGGACAUCAAUCCCAACCUCUGCACACACAUCGUCUACAGCUCGAUCACGCUCACGUCCACCGGCAGCAUCAAGCUGCUCGACAGCUAUGCCGACGUCACGAAUGGCGGGUUUGCACGCUUCAAAAGCGUCUGCCAGCGUGCACCCGCCGUCAAGUGCAUGAUCGGGCUGAACAGUCUCCAGUCCGGCUCGAGCCCAUUUUCCACCCUCAUGAACAACACCGUCACCCGCCAGGCGGCCGUCUCCUCCAUCCUGAGCUUUCUCAUCCAGCAGUACCAGUUCGAUGGGCUCGACUUUUACUGGCAGUAUCCCGUGCUGAAAGGCGGCAAUCCCGAGGAUCGGUUCAACUUUGUCACCUUCAUCUCGGAACUGUCCGCCAAUCUGCACAUGUACGGGCUGCUGCUGACGCUCAGUGUUGCGCCGACGAGCGACUUCUUCAUGGGCAGCUACAACGUGCCGAGUUUGGUGCGGUACGUCGACUACUUCAACGUGAUGGCGUUCAAUAUGCACCACUACUGGGACGGCAAGACGGGCCAUCAAAGUGCGCUGUACGCUAGCGGCAAGGAAACGUCCCUCUAUGAAGCCCAGCUCAAUGUGGACGCCGUCAUUACCGGGUGGAUCGCGGAAGGUGCACCAGCCGCGAAGCUCAUCCUUGGAGUUACUCCGACGGCGAACAUUAUGAAGCUGUACGCAGCGAACGAUAGCGGCAUCGGUGCACGAACGGCUGGCCGGGGUGAUAUGGGCCAGUACACAACGACCGAGGGCAUCAUGUCCUACCCCGAGCUGUGUCUGGAGCGAGCGAAAGCAGGAUGGGAGACGGUGCUCGACCGGACGCAGGAAUCAUUCUACGCCACCAACAAAAUCUCGUGGGCCACCUACGAUGAGGUACAGACGGUGCAGCUGAAGGGUUCGUACAUUAUAACGCGCGGACUGGCGGGCAUGGCGCUGUACGAUAUGGAGAACGAUGAUGUGAAGAAUCUCUGCGGGAAGGGCUUUUAUCCACUGCUGAGAGGUGUUAAUACGGGACUGGGACGAAGGAUCCCGGAUGGUGAGUCUUCCGGCACGACGACCACUACGAAGGCAACAACGACAACCACUACGGCGACCACCAGAGCACCAACGACCACCACUACAACGACGAGAGCUACGACGACAACCACUGCUUCGCCGCCUGUUCUGCCAACAACAUGUCCUAGGAAUGGAUACGUUCGUGAUCCAACCAACUGCAGCGUCUACUAUCGAUGCAUUCCGAAUGGGUAA